AUGUAUCUUCAACCGAGUCCCGUAACGAGAGAUAUCGAUGAUGUGCGUCGUUUCCAGGCUGCAGCAAAAAGCGCUGUGCAAUUAGCUUUGUCGGCUGGGAUCAAGUCUCCGCUAUUGGUGACAGUGCCGCAUCCGAAUUAUCCUCAUGCAGAACUUGUAUCUGCUCUGGCUGCUCUUGGUCCUCUGUACACACCUUUGAACGUUCGUGAAGAAGAAGACCCAGACAAAUUUGAGAGGCUCGGUUUGUUGCCUAUUGGCACCGACAACUUGCUCAAUCUAGUAGAAGCGUUUGAGUCUUCAUUCACUGUAUGCCGAGAUAUUGGAGAAACGGGACCUGAGCGAAUGUCACCGCCGAAGGUGGCGGAUUAUAUAAGGUCAGUUUUCACCAGUGGAGAUAUCAAGGUGGAAAUAACAGAUGAUCAGGAUUUGAUAAAGAAAGAGUAUCCGCUGAUGGCGGCUGUCAAUCGCGCAGCGAACGUCGUGAAAGAUCAUCAGGCUCGCUUAAUACGUCUAGAGUAUGUCGGCGAAGGAACGAUUGAAAAUACAUUCUUUUUGAUUGGAAAGGGCGUAACUAUCGACACUG